CACCUCGUCUAAAGUUUUUCUCCGGCUCGUGGGGGGAGACGUUUAAACAGAGGAAACCCUUUGGCAUCUCCAAUUCAUGGAACAAACUCUGAGACAAUCAGCGGACACAAUUCGGACUCUAUGAUUCGACCGAAAACGACGAUAUUUAUUUUCCAAAGUCAAACCUUGAGACAUGGAGGACCCAAACAGACUUCAGCGAAAAAUGUCAACAGCAGGAGACAGCUUGUACAGAGUCCUGGGCCUUGAGAAAGGAGCAUCUCCAGAAGAAAUAAAAAAGGCAUACAGGAAAUUGGCGUUGAGGCAUCACCCCGAUAAGAACCCAGACAACCCAGAAGCAGCUGAGAAAUUCAAGGAGAUCAACAACGCCAACUCUAUCCUCAAUGAUGAGAACAAACGAAAGAUCUAUGACGAGUAUGGAUCCAUGGGUCUCUACGCAGCGGAGCAGUUUGGGGAGGAGGGUGUCAAAUACUACUUCCUCAUGUCCAAGUGCUGGUUCAAGGCCCUCGUGGUGUGCUGCAGCAUUUUCACCUGCUGCUGCUGUUUCUGCUGCUGCUGCUUCUGCUGUGGGAAAUGCAGAUCUUCAGAAGACGAGGAAAAUUUUGCCUAUAUGGACCCUGAGGACCUUGAGGCACAGAUCAGAGACCAGGAUGCAGCAGACGACCAUGUAAUAAUUAUUCAGCCGAGCCCUAGUGACACUGCAGCUAAUGUUGUCACCUCUUCAGAUGAAGGUGUCACCUCUGCAGGUGAAAAUGUACCGAUUGUGAUUCAGCCGCAUGCGACCAACGGCACCUCGGGACCCCCUAAGUGAGUGAGUGGAUCCUUCAGAGUCUGGACUGUGUAAUAAGACCACAUGGUCAUAUCAGUGGCUGUAUUGAUCACUUUCAGAGAGGCUGAUGAUGUGUAGACAUUGUGUGGUUGUUUUCCUCAGAGCAGAUCUGUUAAAGCUAAUCAAGCAGCGAUUUGAUUGUGCCAUACUUCCCUUUUUAAGUGUCAGUGGGUUUGUCUUUGAUCGAAUCUCAUAUUUAUUUUUUUAACUUUACAUUUUUUAAUCUUGGGCAGUAUGUAAACUGCAGGGACAGAUACCAGCCACACAGAUCAAAGCUCUGGAAGAAUUAUUCUUCACGUGCACUUUAAUAUCCAAAGUUCAUGUUUAAAAAACGAAAGCUGCCCUCGAUGGUCUGAACAGUCGGGCCUCUUGGGUCAGAAAUGUUUGAUCGUUUUUUUAAUGCAAUAGUAGAUAUCAGCUCAGGUGUUUCAGAUCAUUAGAGGCCAACCACUUGGACACUUACGAGGUGUUCAGCCAUACUGCACAUAGUUAUAUAUUAUAGAGACAAAAUAAAGGGCUUAAUGAAGCGAUGCAUAUUUCCAUUCAUGUUGUGUCCUCAAAUGUAAAAUGUAUUGUGACAUAACCAAACGGUAUUUUAAAUGUUAAUAUGUCAGCUGUGUCCACUACCUGUAAAUAGCCUGAUGAGAAUUAUUCGGAUCAUGCUGGCAGACACCAUGGUUCAGCAUUUUGGGAGAAACACUUACUCGCCGUCUGAAAGUUAGAUGAGAUUCCUGCAUUGACAACUUUGGACUCUUCACAUCAUUGGAUAACUCAAGACAGCUGUGUGAUUGCAGUUGGCUGUGAGUCUUAAAAACACUCUGAAUUGACAGCAACAUUUUCGUCAUCACCUCAAACUAAAGAUAUUGGCAAAGUGAGGGGUGCAUAUUUGUCUGAUUUUCAGGCCCCCUGCUUGUUAAGCACUUAAGUGGAUGUAGAUCCAGAGUUUUGUAAGUUUGACCUGCACAAUAUUUACAAGUCAGAAACUGGUAGUUAUGAUUAACUCUGAUCUGAUAUGAUAUGAAUGUUGCAUUCAAUAUGGAGUUCCAAGGUUCGCAGCUGUAAUUUCGAUUUGGGUGUUAACUUUAAUGCUACUUGUCAGAAACUGAUAAUUAUGGUAACUCCAAAAUGACAUGAAAGUAUUAAGCAUAGAGCUGGAGGUGAUUAGCCUAGCUUAGCAGUACAACUGGCAGCAGGGGAAAAGUUAGCGUAGUUCAAAAAUUAACCUCUGACACUGACUUUCUAAGAGGCGUAUCGUCGCCUUAAAACCACUACUUGAUGUUUGUCUAUAGAUUAAACAAAUAAGACAUGUAAAUUAAUGGAAUUUACCCGUGUCAUGGGUGGAUUUUUUAAACUUUGGGCAGAGCCAGGCUAGCUGUUUCCAUGUGUUUCUCAUCUUUAUGCUAAGCUAGUUUAACUUCCUCCUGGCUGCAGCUCAAUACUAACAUGUCACACAAACUGGAGAUUGCUAUCAGUCGUCUCAUCUAACUGAAAGUGAAUAAACGAAUUUCCCAAAAUGUUGAAGUAAUUCUUUGAGAGACUAGUGGUGCUGUUGAUCAGUUUGCUGUACCUGCUCAUAAAGUGACCUCAAAAGAAAACACAAUCUUUUUUUAGGUACUGAUAAAGCUCCCACAAAUCAUCUGAUAUUUUAUGACAAACGCUCUUCCCCCACUCAAACCAACAUUGUUAGCUGCUUCACUCGACAACGAGGCAGCAAAAUCAUGCCAGAUUUUCAGAUUUCCACGUUUGACCUGGUGAUGAGAUCCAGAUCCAGAUGUGUCAAGACAAUGAUCUCUGUGUGGUGUGUGAGAUGAUUUAUUGCCUGUAUGUGUUGCGACAUUAUGCUCACUAGGAUGGUGUUUUUAUGUAAAUUCAGAGAUAUAUUAUACGAUUGGAAGAUUUAUGACAAAUUGAGUGUAUAUUAAGAUAACGCCUUAAAUUAUGUCAUCUUUCAUCAUGUUUACAUUCUAUUUUUUAUUUGUGCUGGGUGGAGGAAUGUUGGGUUUGUGCCUUAUCGGGUUAUAUUUUGUACAAAUCUUUUAGCAUUUGAUCUGUUUUUCUAGGACAACAGGAUGAGUGACUUUGACAGACAGUCCAACAGUGUAUUUAUAUAAAGUUUAACUGUAUAUAAAAGUUUUGAAUACAUGACAGAAAUUCACAGAAGUGCCUGAAUACAGUUUAGUGGGAUUUUUUUCUUCUUCUUCAGGUUUGAAUUGUUAUCAAAGAUUAAAACAAAAACAAUUGUUUUAUCUAAACAUUCCCAGGUAUUUUUCCAUUCUUUCAACUUUCAUGUCCCUGUAAAAUGAAUGUUUGUCUGAUCAAAUAAACUUGUGUGAUACUGGAAAUGUCGUAACGUCGUCUU